GGGUAAAAAGUCACAUUUCUGGUUUCAGUUAACAUGGUUUGUUAAUUAUUUAUGUAUGACAGUUAUUUUUAAAAAAAUCAUAAAACUUUUAAUUCAGCAAAAGACAUAAAAUGCAUAAAAGAAUAAAACAUGAAGAGGUAAAAUAAUAAAGUAAAAUAUUUUAAUUUUAAAAAUUACUUAAAUUGAAAGAAAGAUUAAACUUAACCGAAUUAACAAUGAAAACUUUACUUUCAUAUUCUUUCCCCUGCACAUGUUAGCAGUCAUGUUUUAUUUACAUUGCCGCCUUCUUGGCGACCGUGGAAAUAAAUGGUGCGUGGAAAUAAAUGGUGCGUGGAAAUAAAUGGUGCGUGGAAAUAAAUGGUGCGGUUUGUUAAAAUUUACAGUAUUUAACUUAGAAAAGCUAUGAUGUAAUCAAGCUAUGAAACUGACAAAUUUGCUAUUUCAAAUUUCCCUUUAGACCCCCCCCUCCCCCCCCCCCCCCCCCCCCCCCCCCCUCACCCGGUGCGACUCGCAUCCCCCUAUUGAUACUCUAGUCUUAAUAUUAGAAUCAGAGAAUAGACUAAUAGACAUAUAGCAUUGUCUACAAAGAGACUAUAAUAGUUUAUAGUCUACAAGUGUUGUCAAUAUUAUUGAUUUUUACAAUAUUUAUAAUUUAUAGUAACACUAGUACAGUGUAGACAUAGACUAAUUAUAAAACUAUUGAAUAUAGAAUAUAUGUGCUUAUUAUUAAAGAGUAACAGUGGAUGUAGCCUUUUCCCUCUUUUUCAUAUUGAAUUGUAAUAAAUGACAAAUUUGUAAUUAUCAACUAAUUCAUUUUUUUAUACCACCAUGUUCACACCAUAAACAAGCAUACAAAGUCAAUAAAAGUGUAAAUAAAUCCCACAUCUGACUGAGUGGGCUUGUUCUCGUAAUUUGGAAAUAGUUGAUAACUUUCAUGCUACAAUCAUUUCCAAUAUUCUCUAGCUCACAACCAUUUCAUAGUCUAUAUUUCUGUGUGUAUUUAAACAGAUCAUCCUUAGUACAGAGUAAAUCAUGACGCUCAAUAAAUUCAUGCAUCCGAGGAAUCGAUACAAAAAUUGUAAGCCUAGUUUUUUGGAGCUGGCACUUAAGUAUCCUGAAUUUCGGGCACACACCACCCAAGAUGACAGUGGCAAAGUUUUCUUGGACUUUAAGAAUGCUGAGGCACUUAAAGCGCUCACAACUUGUUUGCUGAAAGAAGAUUUUAAUCUUUCUGUAGAUCUUCCUGAAAACCGAUUGGUUCCAACGCUACCUUUACGCCUUAAUUAUAUUCAUUGGUUGGAAGAUAUUCUUGGCACUGAUGCUGGAAAAUGGGGAAUAGACAUAGGUCAGUAUUUAUCAGGUUGUAAUUAUUCUUGUAGUUGUACUAGUGACAGAAAUAUAUCAAUUUAAUAACAGAUAUUUGGAGUCUCUCUAACAUUUGCAUCAUGGGCUUUAUAUUUAUUUGUAUUUAAAUCACAGCUCAAAAUGAUUCCAGAAUUUAGAACUGAAGGUAAACACAAAAUUAAGUAUCAUACAUACCCCAUUCAUUUUCAAGUACAAUACAUUUAUUUCAUACAUUGCUGAAAAACAAGAUGUGUUUUAUGUUACAGGCCUUUUACAUACUAUAGAAUGCCUACAUACUAUAGAAUGCCUUUACAUACUAUAAAAUGCCUACAUACUAUAGAAUGCCUUCACAUACUGCCUUUACAUUCUAUAGAAUGUCUUUACACAGAAUGUGUAACCAUGUAACAUCACAAGUUUAUCACAUUUGACCGUCAUGGUCAAUAAAAAUCUGGAUACAAAACAAAUGUUGUGAUAUUUUUACUCCAGGAACUGGGGCCAGCUGCAUUUAUCCACUAUUAGCAGCUACCAUGAACAAGUGGAAGUUCCUUGCUACAGAGGCAGAUCCAGAAAAUGUCUUUUAUGCAACUAACAAUGUGAAGAAUAAUGGACUCCAAGACGAAAUACAUGGUACUGUUUACUUACUCAGUUUCAAAAUAAUCUCUCUCUUGACAGCUUUAACAUCACACAGAUGAUUUCUAUCAUAAUUUAAACUGUAUUAACUGGUCUAUGAAAAUUAUAUGACUUAAACACUGGACUUGCAUGAAUUCACUGAUAAUUUAUGAACAUUGGUUGCAAUCAUGUAUCCCCACUUUAGUUUGAGACACUGUUUCUAAGCUUUUUUGUCUACCAUCUUUGUAAAAUCAACUUAUUUAUUAUACAAUUACCAUUUUGUGUUCAUGUUUUAAUUUAUAAAUACUGGUGUAUAUCAAUUUUUAAAAAGCAAGCUUUAUAUAGAUUUAGUGAUGUUAUAAUUAUAUUGUAGAAUGGUGCCAGCUCUAUAAGUGAAAGUUCUUGUUUAACCAACAGUUCAUCAAGUCUCAAGGGACGAUGUGCUGAUUGUCCCAACUAAUGCAUUUAACCAAACCACCAAGUUUGAUUUCUGCAUGUGUAAUCCUCCCUUCUUUGCUGACCACAUGGAAGCCCAAGCCAUGACCAAGACGAGGUCUGUGGAUCGUCCUGAGGCUGGUUCAGUUUCUACCGCCAGCCCUCAGGAGUGCAUUGCUCAAGGUGGGGAAGUUGGUUUUAUCCGGCAGAUGAUUGAGGAGUCAACUGUGCUUCGGGAAAAGAUCAGGUACUAAUUGGAAAACAAAAAUAUUAAAUUUCUCCAUUUCUUUGCUAUCCAAGUGCAGCGUUUCUCACUGUGGGUCAAAUAAGCCCACCAUUAUCCACAAACACUUUGAAAAAUGAAUGUUAUGUAAACAGAACUGUUUACCCUCAAACUAUUAAAAUCGUACAAUAUCAUCACAAAAUCGUUCAAUACAUUAUCUUAAUGGUAAAAAAAUAAACAUAGAGUAUAUAUAAUGUAUACACUUCAAAAUCGUUCAUUUUACGCCAAAAUUGUAAAGUAAACAGGUCUGUGUAAAUAAAAAUGAAAAUUUUUUUAACAUUAAUAACAUGGAAGGGAGCCACGGGGUAAAAAAAGAAUGUUUAUGUGGGCCACAAACAAAAAUAGGUUGAGAAACAUUGAUCUUUUCUUUCAAAGCUUGAAUAAAGGACAAUCAUAUUCUUGUUGUCUAACAGUUUUCUAUGAAAUCUUAUGUAUUCUUAUCAUCAAAAGAAAAAUUUUCAUUAAACCUCUCAUUCGUGCCAUCAAAAGUACCAUUUUAGAUCAAAUCUAUCAUAUUCCUGCAGUCAAAUUUAUGCAUUUAGUUAGCUUAAAAACUAACUUUUGGCCUCUUAUUUUGUUUGUUUCCAAAAGGCUCUACACAAGUAUGGUUGGGAAAAAGUCGAGUUUGACACAAUUGAAGGAGGAACUAAGACAGCAAAAAGUAAGGACAUGACUUGCUGUUAUUGUGAUUGUGUAAUGUUAACGUUCACACUGCAGAUUUCUUUUGUUACUGCUAAAUCUCAGUAAAAUACCCUUGCUGAAAACACUGGAGAGUUAUGUUUGGUGACUUAUCUCUAAAUAGACAUGCCUGACACAGAUGUGGCAGUUGACAUUGUGCCGGCACAAAUUUGCCUUCUGAUGCAGACUUUGGGUAGUUCACAUUGUGCAGGCACAAGUUUGCCUUCUGAUGCAGACUUUGGGUAGUUUACAUUGUGCAGGCACAAGUUUGCCUUCUGAUGCAGACUUUGGGUAGUUUACAUUGUGCAGGCACAAGUUUGCCUUCUGGUGCAGACUUUGGGUAGUUUACAUUGUGCAGGCACAAGUUUGCCUUCUGAUGCAGACUUUGGGUAGUUUACAUUGUGCAGGCAUAAGUUUGCCUUCUGAUGCAGACUUUGGGUAGUUGACUGUGUGACCAUUAAUAAUUGUUAACUAAACGUUUAUUGUGUUAUGUUUGAUUAUUUAAGAAAGAUUGGUUACAAUGAUCGAUUAUGUCACAAAAAUUGAUUUUCAAGAAAUGUUGAUUGGUGAAAUGGAGGCUGAUUAUAUAGGAAUAAAUGGCAUAAAUCUUGAUAGGUAUCCAAACGUUGCUUUUGUUACAGUCUCGGGUUGUAUGGUGAAGGUUUAUUAUGACACUAUUUUAACAACCACCAUUUUUUGGUUUGUUUAAAUGUCUCAAGCUCACUCUUCUAGAGUUCUUGCACCACUGACCAGCAGAGUUCUUACACCACUGACCAGCAGAGUUCUUACACCACUGACCAGCCGAGUUCUUACACCACUGUCCAGCUCUACUUAUAUUUUUUAAUUGACAUGAUACUUACAAUUUUAAUGUAUAUCUACAACUUAUGAUGUUUCAAUGUUUUGUUCAGAUUGUCAACUUCACAAGUACAGAGUUUUGUCAGGGGAAGACUAUGAGAUGGGGAAUAGCUUGGACUUAUGAUCAAACUAUUAUAUUUCCUGUAAGAUACCAGCUCUAUACUUUAGUCAGUUCUUAUACACAAUGAUCCUGAUGGUAACCUAGAUUAUUACAACAUUUAUGUAUGGACUGUUUCUUCCUCUAUUAAUUAAAUGAUGAUUAAAUUAAUAUGUUUAAAUUUAAACAAACCAUUGCUAUUCAAAUGUGAGAUCACCAUUUUUAUUCAAUUGUGUCAUCACCUUGUUUUUCUCAACUCCUACUGCUCCAUGACCUUGUUAUUUCACCAAUAAUUUACAGCGUUCCAUGUUUGAAUCAAGAAAAGAAAAGCCUCCACUCCAGUUUGUUGUACCAAGGGGAGCCGGGGGUGUAGAAUAUCAAGUUCAUGAAAUUGCAGCUCAUAUUCGAGGAUUGUUGGAGUCAAUCAAGGUGUGCAAAUCUAAUUAUAAAUUCAUUUGGAAAGACCUUGGGGCAAAGCAUAAUGUGAUAGAGCAAGGGGCUGAUCUGAGCAUAAUGUGAUAGAGCAAGGGGCUCAUCUCAGCAUAAUGUGAUAGAGCCAGGGGCUGAUCUCAGCAUAAUGUGAUAGAGUAAGGGGCUGAUCUCAGUAUAAUGUGAUAGAGCAAGGAGCUGAUCUCAACAUAAUGUGAUAGAGCAAGGGGCUCAUCUCAUUAUUAUGUGACAGAGCAAGGGGCUGAUCUCAUUAUUAUGUGACAGAGCAAGGGGCUGAUCUCAGCAUAAUGUGAUAGAGCAAGGGGUUGAUCUUUGCAUAAUGUGAUAGAGCAAGGGGCUGAUCUCAUUAUUAUGUGACAGAGCAAGGGGUUGAUCUCAGCAUAAUGUGAUAGAGCAAGGGGCUGAUCUCAUUAUUAUGUGACAGAGCAAGGGGCUCAUCUGAGCAUAAUAUGCUAGAGCCAGGGGCUGAUCUGAGCAUAAUUUGAUAGAGCAAUGGACUGAUCUGAGCAUAAUGUGAUAGAGCCAGGGGCUGAUCUCAGCAUAAUGUGAUAUAGCAAGGGACUGAUCAAGGGAGUUUGAAAUGGAGAUUUUUUGCCCAACUAAUAUAUUAUUAUGGAUUGCCCCAUAAGACAAAUAAUAGUGAAAUUAAGUAUAUUUUAUACUUUUUGUUUAGUGACGAUGUAAAUUAGGUUUACUGUAUUUUGAAAUGUAGGUUGUACAAUGUAGUGAUAUAAUAUCAAGCUUACCAUCAGUAGCUUCUACAAUGUAGUGAUAUAAUAUCAAGCUUACCAUCAGUAGCUUCUACAAUGUAGUGAUAUAAUAUCAAGCUUACCAUCAGUAGCUUCUACAAUGUAGUGAUAUAAUAUCAAGCUUACCAUCAGUAGCUUCUACAAUGUAGUGAUAUAAUAUCAAGCUUACCAUCAGUAGCUUCUACAAUGUAGUGAUAUAAUAUCAAGCUUACCAUCAGUAGCUUCUACAAUGUAGUGAUAUAAUAUCAAGCUUACCAUCAGUAGCUUCUACAAUGUAGUGAUAUAAUAUCAAGCUUACCAUCAGUAGCUUCUACAAUAUAGUGAUAUAAUAUCAAGCUUACCAUCAGUAGCUUCUACAAUGUAGUGAUAUAAUAUCAAGCUUACCAUCAGUAGCUUCUACAAUGAAGUGAUAUAAUAUCAAGCUUACCAUCAGUAGCUUCUACAAUGUAGUGAUAUAAUAUCAAGCUUACCAUCAGUAGCUUCUACAAUGUAGUGAUAUAAUAUCAGACCUGUUUAAUUUUGUGAUUUUGGUGGACAAUGUACAAUUUUGAGAUGUAUUUUAGGAUUGUACGUCGAAACCCGUCGGACUACAAUUUUAAGUGACCGGGUUGAAAAUAUAUACAUUCCGUUAUUUUUUCAAGAUUAAAAAAAAAAUUAUUCCAAAGUACAAUUUCAGUUGUUAGUUUUAACUUGCAUUCUACAUCCAGCUGUGAAUGGAUCGAGAAAUAUGAUUGGUUGGGGACCAAAAAUAGCAUAUUUAUAUCUCAAAUACUUUUUACCUUUAGUUAUCUAUUUUUGACGCCAGCUUAAUUCAAUUCCACUGGACAUGUGAUGCAAGUAGUUAGUGUAUACAUUGUGCAUACUGUAUGUUUAUUUGUUUACUAUCGAUACUGUAUUUUGUGAUUUUUAGACGAUAUUGUAUGAUUUUAAGAGUUUGGGGGAAACAGAUCUGAAAUAUAAAGCUUACUUUUAGUAGGUUUUAUAGUGUAAAGCUUAUCAUUAGUAGGUUGUAUACUGUAAUGAUAUUAAAGCUUAUGAUCAGUGCUUUAUGUAUUGUAGUGAUAUAAAGUUUUUUGGUAUUCCAUAGGUUCAUUGCUAUCAGGGCAAGAAAGCCAAGUCCUAUUCAAGUUUGACACUAACGGCCGUAGAAAACACAUGGUGUCAUCAGCGUAGAUUGAGAAGACAGCAGCGCAACAUCGAGGAACCAGUGAUUUAUCCUUCUCAAGACACUGGUCACUCUUCUGCCCAUGUGCUAGAUCCCUCCGACACUGGUCACUCCAUUAACAUUAAUGGGAAGCAGACGGUAGGAUUAAAAGAAUCGGUAAAGUAUCAAGAUAUUAAACUAAAUGGAAAGAGAACAUUAAAUGAGCCUGACAGAAUUCCUCCAAAUUCCAAGAAAAUAAAGGUAAAAAGCACUGGAAGUGACAAAAUUGAACAAGAGGAAAAGCCAGGAAUUGAACAAAUUAAUGAAGAAAAGCCACCAAUCUUACAAGCAGAGUUACAACCCCAACCCACUCAAAAGAACACAACAGUGGAAGCUGGGGAAAUCCUCUCUGACACAUCCCCCAAAGAUUAUAUUCUCAAGUGUGUGUUGAGACUGAAAAGAUCAGAGGAGCAGGUGUUACUUGAACUAGAAUGGCUUGAUGGAAGCUCAAGAGAACUGAUGCACCAGGUGAUGACAUUUCUCAAGAAUAAAUUAGUACAAAGAUAAAAGCACUUCUUAUGUUAGAAGCAAAGAAUGUUGCCGUCAGAGAUGCCUCAAUAAUUGGAGGUCAGUAAAGUUGGGAAAUUAAGCAGUGGCGAGAAUAGAUACAUGUUUGCAACUUGUCUGGCUUCUAAUGAUAUCAUAGUGAAGUUUAUUCAUUAAUGUAUUUUCAUUUGUUUAAAAAAAAUAAAAAUCAGAACCUAAAAUCUUUUUGAAAGUUGGUUAAUAAUAAAGUGACUUCCUUGUGUACCUAAAAUGUAAGCCAAGGUUACUAUUGAAUACUGUCUCAGACCUGUUUACCCUUACGAUUUUGGCGAACAAUGUCCGAUUUUGAGGUGUAUAAAUUAUAUUUACUGUAUGUUUAUUUUUUCCUAUAAAUAUGAGGUAUUGAAACAAUUUUGUGAUGAUAUUGUACGAUUUUAAGAGUUUGGGGGUAAACAGGUCUGCUGUCUUCAAAUAUCAAUCUAGUACAAAAUAUACACAACACUGCUAAAAUGACUGAACUCAAAGCCA